AAGUUCAUUGCAUUUUCCCAGAAACUAAUCUAAUUCCAAUUCCUAAUAGCUCCCUUCUUUUCCUUCUCUAUAAAUUAAACACUUUCCCUUCCUCUCUCUCUAUCUUCCAACUUCCACUUUCUCAUUCCUCUUUUGAUCUUCAACAAUUCUUCACCCACACUGAAUAUUUACACAUCCAAACUCCUAACUAAUCCUUCCUUUAACGAUAAUCGACAUAUACUUCGUCUUUCGAGAUCGAAAGUUUAAUCUCCCAUUUCUGUGAUCGUUGUUUGCAACUCCUCCAUAGUUCUUUCAAAACCCUAACCUUUCCCAACAAAAAUGAUGAAAGUUGUGCUGAAAGUUGAAAUAUGUGAUGCAAAGACAAAGAGAAAGGUGAUGGGUACUGUUUCUGGACUUUUAGGUAUUGUAUCAGUGGCAGCAGACACAAAAGAGAACAAAAUCACAGUGAUUGGAACUGCAGACCCAAUUAAAAUUGUUAAGAAAGUAAGAAAGGUUUGGCCAUCAGCUUACCUUAUUAGUGUUGGACCAGAGAAAGAAGAAGCAAAGAAACCAGACCCAAAGAAAGAAGAAGCUCAACCCAAAAUUGAUCAAAUUGAUUGGGUUAAGGCUUGCAAUGCCUUCCAUUCUUACCCCACAACUCAUUACUAUUAUCCAUAUCAAGAACAAUACAACCCAAAUACUUGUGUUAUCUCUUGAAUUUGAUAAGUUAUUCGAGAAGUCGGAUCUUUGAUAAUUUUCCACCGUUGAAAAAUAUGACGAGAGAGAAACUGAAGAAGUACUCCGAAGUUGUAUCUGGUGGCCAGUGAUUGUUAGGAGACAAACAGAGAUUUUUAAAUAUUAUAUUCCUUUUCAAGAUCUUUUUCUUGAAUAUUUGUGUCUAUGUACGUUAUGAAUUUAUUUGAAUUAAUUAAUUGUGAGGUGGUUUUCUUUUGGUAUA